ACGAGCUACCGCGGUCACUGUGCCACUUUUCUUGGAAACAGGCUUGAGGCCGCCUUGAGAUGUGACCACGCCAUAUCACCUCACCUUCACUACAAGCAGUCACCUCGAGCAACCACUGGCGCGUUUGUUUGCGUGACACGCGAUCACCGCGGUCUGUCCAAGGCAUUCGACCUAUCGCGACAAACGGUUUGCGUUCGUUUUCGCCACGAAUGAGAUCUGACGCAAUUAAUCAAUCUGAACAUGGCGGGUCGUCUCAUGUACACAAUGUCCACUGUGCCAGCCAACCUCCCCAUCCUCAAUCCUCCCCAAUCUUUCGGGUACAAGGAUUGGGUCAUCAAAUACCCGGUUCCGCAAUUCCUUCACCACAGUAACGAUGGCGCUCAAAACCACCACGAGGUCCGUUUGCAGAAAUUGGUCCAUUUUGUCGAAACUCGGUUCGGCAAAGGCCGGUGCUUCUUCAGUUUCUUGCAAGGUCAAGGUCAGCGCAAGCCGAGUCAGAUCGAGGUCACUCAGCUUUAUGCUCUGCAUGAAGUCAAACAUUGGCCCGGUGCUGUGGCGCAGGUGGAAUGGACAUCCUUUGUUAUGGCGAACAUUGAGUAUGACGAUAUGGUCAAACUGUACGGUUCUUCUAGUUUGACUGGUACGCUGACUGUACCGGUGCUUCCAGAAGCCGCAUUGGACGUCUACAAACUGAUGAAAGAGAGUGAAGACGCAGAAUUAUCCCGGAUCUGUGCUAGGACUGGCAAGACCAUCGGACAAUUAGUGGACGGCAAUAUCAGUCUUUAUGCCAAUGAGGUUGCGUCGCACAUCUUGGACACACCAAGCCUUACACCUGAAGUCGACCCACCCUCCAUCUCAGACCCUGCACCUUCACCUAUCCCUAUCUCACGUCGUCCAAAAUCCAAGAUAAUGCCUAUCUCUACAUCCGCACUGGCAGAUCUCUCUACGAUUACUAGGAGAGGGGCCCGUGAGGCACAGUCGCCUUCGAGCGCACAUCUCCCACCCAAGCAACAGACUCUACGCAAUAAGCACAUGACUCUUCGACAGCUGGCACAGAACGACACGCUGUUUAAAGAGGUCGCAGAGAACCACCGCCUGUUUCUGGACAAGAUGAUGAAGAAGAUUCACCAGUAUUCAAUGCGCGUCAUCUGUCGCCUACCUGCUAUGCAAUCAGAAUCUUGGGGAGUAUGCCAAGGGCGUUCGAGGGACUGGAUCAAGAAGCUGUGUGCUGAGUCGCUGCAAUACUGGCGGGACCGCAGCAGAAUCCCUUGGGAUGAGUCGCGCGCCCCAUCUGGCCCGUUGGACAAGCAGAUUUCCUUCUUUUGUGCAUCUUACGCAGUGACUGACCCGCUGCCGAAAUCUGGGCCCAAUCGCAAGAUCAAGGCUCGGGUUCAUUUUGUUCGAGCUCUAUAUCGCCAACGCAACCUUGUUGGAUCGUGGGUUGAUAACUUGAAGAAGAAGGCUGAAGAGCGAACAGGCGUGCGGUAUCGAAAGGAAGAUGGAUUUGUUUUGGAUUUAUGGACUGGUGGGUGCGAGAAAGUUGAAGAUUUCCAGAAGAGGACUCAGCAUGAACAACUGGUCGAUGAACUUGUUGUCGUGGAAAAGGGACAGUAUCCGGAGCUUGAUCAGUGACUGUGUAGAAGGUGACCAUGUUUUGGGUCAUAAGAACACCUGGGUAUGCUGUGUCGAAGUACGAUCUUGUCUACUGUUUUGAGUGGACGAGCUUUGUAUGAUUAUC